AUGGCGGUUAUGGCGGCCUCCCAGUAACAAAGCUUGGUCCGAUCGGUUUGAUUUAAUUGUUUUGGCUCAUUUUCCAUUAGCAGAUGGAAAAAGGUAGAAAGAGGUCUCGUGAUUAUUAUGAAAGAGAAAAGUCGCCCACCGGGAAAAGGAAAAGCUGCACUGUUUGGGAAGAUCUACGUUCCACUCUAGACGAACUCUUCUUCCGCGACUGUGAUUUGAUUAAACGUGGAACUCAAGAUUAUAAGGACUUCUGGUUAUUUCUGGAACGGUAUGAAGCCUUUCACAGUAAGAGACAAAAAGAAAAGCAAACAAAAGCAAAGGACACUAAAGAUUGGAGGUCCCCUAAACUAGGACUCCCUUUAUCAUAUGACAGAAGGUAUAAGAUAAAUGUUGCUCUGUUGUCAAAAGAUAUUUCUGAUGUAACUGGAUACAGCACCACUGGAACUAAGAAAGUUUACUCCUCUUUGGACAAGAAAAGCAAGCCACUGGGUAAUGAGCUAUCAAGAGAAGAGUUUUUGGAAUUUAAAUCCAUCAUAUUGUUUUAUAUUGAUUUUUGUCAGAAGCAAAAGUUUUCCAAAUUAGUGAAGUUAAAGAAGGACCAGGCAAACCUUCCCAUAAGCAAUUUUAAAGAGCAGAUUAUUGAUGCAUUGGGAAGCAACCAGGUGGUUAUUAUUGCUGGUGAUACAGGGUGUGGAAAGUCAACACAGGUUCCUCAGUAUCUUUUGCAUGCUGGCUACACACAAAUUGCAUGCACUCAACCUCGACGGAUUGCUUGCAUUUCAUUGGCCAAAAGAGUAGGGUACGAAACUCUGAAUGAAUAUGGAUCCCAAGUGGCUUAUCAGAUUCGUUUUGAAAGCAGUAAGACCCUGGGCACCAGAAUUUUGUUCCUGACUGAAGGCUUGUUGUUGCGUCAAUUAUCUACCGACCCAACCCUCAGUCAGUACAAUGUUAUCGUGGUGGAUGAGGUACAUGAGAGACAUAUUCACGGAGACUUUUUACUUGGUGUUUUACGUGGUUUGCUGCAGGCCCGUGCUGAUCUUAAGCUGGUUCUAAUGUCUGCCACCAUAAAUAUCAGCCUGUUUGCCGGCUAUUUUACAGGAGCGCCAGUUAUUCAGAUUCCAGGUCGUUUGUAUCCCAUUGAAGUUCGGUACCAGCCUCCAAAAGUCGAGUUUUCAAGCAGCUCAAAACGAUGGGAGAGACUGGACCCCGCUCCUUACGUCAGAAUCAUGCAGCUUAUUGAUCAUAAGUACCCGUCAACAGAGCGAGGAGAUGUUCUGAUGUUUCUCAGUGGCAUGGCCGAAAUUACAACGGUUGUUGCUGCUGCUAAGGAGUAUGCGCAACAGUCUCGCCGGUGGAUAAUACUCCCGCUUCACAGCUCACUGUCUGUAGAGGAACAAGAUAAGGUUUUUGAUGUGCCUCCUGAAGGUGUUCGCAAAUGUGUUGUGUCCACAAACAUCGCUGAGACUUCCAUCACAAUCGAUGGCAUUAGGUUCAUUGUGGACUCGGGAAAGGUAAAGGAGAUGAGCUAUGAUACUGAAGCUAAAAUGCAGCGACUGCGUGAGUUCUGGAUAAGUCAAGCGAGUGCAGAGCAGCGCAAAGGAAGGGCUGGUCGUACGGGUCCUGGUGUGUGUUUUCGUUUAUAUUCUGAGAGUGAUUAUCAAGCCUUUUCGCAAUACACCACUCCUGAGAUUCAGUUGGUACCUUUAGACUCCAUCAUUCUGCAGAUGGUCUCUCUUGGAAUAAAUCGCAUCCGCGAGUUCCCCUUCAUAGAACCACCACCAGCAUCCAACGUUGAAAACUCAAUUUACACUCUUAAGCAACAAGGUGCUCUGACAGAUGAUGAAGCCUUGACACUUAUUGGACAAAUGUUGGCUCAGUUGCCUGUUGAUGUCGUCAUUGGAAAGAUGCUUCUAAUUGGCUCGGUGUUCCACGUGAUUGAACCCGUUAUGAUCAUAGCUGCAGCUCUCAGUGUUCAAUCUCCUUUCACACAAAAGAUGGGUUAUGACUCUGUAGUGGCGUCACUAAGGCAGCCUCUAGAGUCUGACCAUGGCGACCUGUUUACGCUGCUGAAUGCCUACGAUGAGUGGCUACAGGUGAAGAGUCAUGGAAGCUCUUCUCGGAAGUGGUGCAAGCGCAGAGGUCUGGAAGAACAGCGUUUUUAUGAAAUGUCCAAACUAAAACGUCAAUUCGAAUCGCUCCUGCGGGAUCAUCACUUGAUGGAUCUCGAGGAACGUGAUGAAGAUGCGGAAGACCAGGAUCGGGAGGAAGAUAAAAGGCGGGAAUUGAAGAAACUGAAACGAAUACAUCGCAAAGAAACACGGAAAACAAAAAUGCUAAAACUGGACGAGGACCAGGAAAGCGGAGACGAAAGAGAUGAGGAGACUGGAACUGACAUCCGCGAUCUAGAAUUUAAGCUUACACACGACCUGGACAAGCUUGAGGCAGGAAGUUCAACGAGGCGCAGCUUCACAUUGCGAGACAUAAAUUUGCUGAAGAUUAUUCUCUGCAGUGGACUGUACCCUAACCUGGCUUUGCCAGAUGAGAACAACACGAACAAAAGGGACUCGGAGCAGUUGUUUCAUAGCAAGGCAAAGCAAUUCCUUCAGGUUCUUCCUACCAGUGUGUUUGCCAGUCGACCUCAACUACUACAACUCACUGAGUCCCCAGUUAAUUAUCAGUUGCUCACGUAUGUCUCUCUUUUGGAGACCAGCAAACCGUAUUUAGUACAAGCCAUGCGAGUCCCAGCGUUACAAACUCUUAUGUUGUUUGCACAAAGCUUGGACACUAACGCAGAUUUGACACGCUUUGUUGUAGACGGUUGGCUUGAAAUCUCCUUUCUAGAUAACAACACCGGGCAGGAGGUGAUGUUCUCUGUCCAACGGCUACGCUCCACUUGGGUUCGCCUGUUGAAGCUAAGAUUUGAUGAGAUUAAAGACAAGCAGGAUCGUAGUGCUACACGACGAAACAGAGAACUGGACUUGGAAAGUCAUCUGGCCAAAAAGUUGUCUGAAUUCUUGGACAGUAAUGUCACUUACUCACUCCGACGACUUCUGCCGUCUGAAAGCCGAUACUUGUAUCUUGGUCCUCUCGGUCAAAGUCAGAAUGAUGACAGGUUGGAGGAUGCCUCUGGUUUGCCUUUCACGGGAAGCCUGGAACCGCACCCAACCAAGGGGGGCUUCCGUGUGAGUGAUUAUCUGACCUACAGCUGCCUACAAGACACUGUCAUGGCCGAGGCUGCCUCUGCCGCCGCUCAAUACAUUGCUAAGCAUUGGCGGUGCGAGAAAUGCGGCCAGAAAAUGUUGGUGACUGUUUUGGAAAGGUUGAGACAUGAAGAAGAAUGCCAGAAUGAACAGGGCCAUGACUCAAACGACCCAGUGGUUGAGUCUCAUAAAGAAAAAGUAGCCGUUAAUCCAUCAAUCGAGAGGUUAAGAAAGUCAUAUUAUUGCAACACAUGUCAAUCACAAUUCUCAUUUACAAGUACUGAAAUUUUAAAGCAUAAGAAGUCCCAUUUGUCUUCUACAUAGGUAGAAGUAAUUAAAUUAAGUAUUUCUUCUUUCUAGACCGUUUUCAUCGGUACAAUUCUGUAUGCGUGGUACCCUCAGAGUCAUUGUUGUCACAUUUUUUCCCUUUCAGUAGUGUGUUGAGGCUGAUAAUAAAUAAAUACCAACUUCUGUGGAGGGGGAUCAUUUGGAAAUCAUUUCAGAUUUAAUAAAUAGAUCACGCAUGA